GAGGCCGAGCUAGCCAGUAGCCACCCAGCGCAGCAGAGAGAAUGGCCGGCGACGUCGCGCGCAAGCAGCUCCAGGCGCGCGUGGGGGCGUUGCCGUGGGCGGUGCGGCUCCAGCUGCGCGCGCUCGAGGCCGCCGUCGACGCCACGCAGCGCCGGGACGGCACCGUCAACCGCUUCCUCUUCUCGCUGCUCGUGGACCGCCAGGCGCCCGCCAACCCCGCGCGCCCGGACGCCGGGGGCGUCCGCUCCGUGGACGUCACCGUCGACGCGUCCACCGGCGUGCGGGCCCGCGUCUACUUCGCGACAGGCGAGGCGGGGGCGGAGGCGGACGCGUCGCCGCGGCCGGUGAUCGUGUACUUCCACGGCGGCGGCUUCACGGUGUUCUCCGCGGCCACCCGCCCCUACGACGCGCUCUGCCGCACCAUGUGCCGCGAGGCGGGCGCCGUCGUCGUGUCCGUGACCUACCGCCUGGCGCCCGAGCACCGCUACCCCGCGGCCUACGACGACGGGGAGGCCGCCCUCCGGUACCUCGCCGCCACCGGCCUGCCCGCCGAGGUCCCCGUCCGCGUCGACCUCUCCCGCUGCUUCCUCGCCGGCGACAGCGCCGGCGCCAACAUCGCGCACCACGUGGCCCAGCGCUGGACUGCGGCACCAGCGACAACGCCUCCAGCCGUCCACCUCGCCGGCCUCCUGCUCCUGUCCGCCUACUUCGGCGGAGAGGACCGGACCGAGUCGGAGCAGGCACUGGAGGGCGUGGCCCCGAUCGUCAACCUCCGCCGGUCCGACUUCUGGUGGAAGGCGUUCUUGCCGGAGGGCGCCGACCGGAACCACCCGGCCGCGCACGUGACGGGCGAGGCCGGCACGGAGCCGGAGCUGCCCGAGGCGUUCCCGCGGGCGAUGGUGGUCGUCGGCGGGCUCGACCCGCUCCAGGACUGGGGGAGGCGGUACGCCGCCAUGCUGCGCCGGAAGGGCAAGGAGGUGCGCGUGGUGGAGUUCACGGAGGCUGUGCACGCCUUCUACUUCUUCCCGGCGCUGCCCGAGACCGGCAAGCUCGUCGCGGAGAUCAGGGCGUUCGUGGAGAGCGUGGCGCCGAAUCAGACCACGUAGAGAAGUAGAGACGAUGAUCACGACCACUCGUCGACUCGUCGUGGAUGUCGUGCAUGUGUCACUGUCAAAGUCGCUGCGAGCAGCCGCGUCCGUCUAAAUUAUUACUCUGUGUUGUAUAAGUUCGAGUUGCCAUCUCGAUAUUUUCUUUGAGCAACAUGUGCCAUGGGUGAUGGGGGCAUGGCAGUGAUGGCACCCCCAAAGUUAAAUGUUUGAGAAUAGUUCAUAUCUCAAUUUGAGAGAAGUUCAUUUUA